AUGAAGAAACGGUAUGGCCAUGUUCUAGCCACAUCAUUCUUAACGUUAUUAGUUCUUGGGUAUUUCGCAAUUAAAAAUCCCAUCAAGGAAAGUUACAUCACAAGUCCAUAUUUCAACACAACAAACCCUCUUGAAUGGAUAAAUCAGGGUGCUCCACCUGCACUUCUCAAUCCAGAAAAUGUUUCCCAAGUGAUUUCUACCAAAGCUGUAGUCUCCGAUCUCUUUGCUCAAAGGAACUUGUCGAAUGAAGAACAACAAUCGUUGCACACAUGGAACCAUCUGAAACAAUUGAUUACACAUGCUAAGAUGUUACCCAAUGCUCUCGAAGCCAUUAAGGAAGCUCGUGUUGCAUGGAACAAUCUUAUGACCUCUUUCAAAGAAGAAAAACUUCAUGUUAAUGGAAGUGCACUGAAGAGAGGAAAAGAGAAACAAUGUCCUCAUUUUCUUAGUAAAAUGAAUGCCUCUAAACUUGAUGAUAAUGGCUUUGAGCUGCGGCUUCCUUGUGGUUUGACUCAAGGUUCUUCAAUUACAUUUAUUGGCAUUCCAAAUGGUCUUCUUGGUGCACAUGACUGGGGCGAAGAGGAGAGAUGUCCAUCCCCUGAUCCUGAAAAAAACAAGAAAGUGGAUGAGCUGGAUCAGUGUAAUGAGAUAGUGGGUAAAGAUGAUAACCGAACUAUCAAAGCUAGCCGACAGUCCAAGGGAGCAACAAAGUUUUCUAUGAUUCAGGAUGGGAAACCAAGAAAGUACUUUCCUUUCAAGCAAAAUUAUCUGUCUGUUGCUACAAUCAAAGUGGGAUCAGAGGGAAUACAGAUGACUUUUGAUGGAAAGCACAUAACUUCAUUCGCUUUUCGUGAAACUUUGGAGCCAUGGCUUAUGGUGAAUGAGGAGCUAUGGAACGAAGCAUGGACAUACGGAGACAUCCAGCUGACGCCUUUUGUUGACUACUACAACCUUAUUACACGGAAAACCACAGCCAUCUGCAUCUUUGGGGUCAUUUCCGCAAAAUUUGUCAUGAAAACAGAUGAUGAUGCAUUUGUUCGUGUUGACGAAGUCUUGCUUUCUUUACGAAGGAUCAAUACAACCUGUGGUUUGCUCUAUGGUCUUAUCAAUUCAGACUCCCACCCCCAUCGAGAUCCUGAUAGCAAGUGGUAUAUUAGUCUUGAGGAAUGGCCUGAAGAUAGUUACCCUCAUUGGGAGCAUGGUCCGGGUUAUGUUGUGUCAAGUGAGAUAGCAAAAGCAAUUUACAAGAAGCAGAGAGAAGGACGCCCAAAGAGAGUUGCUGUGGGAACCUGGAUUGCAGAUAUGAAGAGAGGCUUAAAUGUCAGGUACAAUGACGGUUGCAAGGACAAUUAUGUUGUUGCUCACUACCAAGGUCCCCGAGAGAUGCUCUGUCUGUAG